AUGCCACACGAUUCUGAAAAUGCAGAUCCCUUUUUGGAGAUUGUCCAGCCGUUCCUUGUGCUCCACCUUAACAUCACUUCCAGCAGUGUGCACACCAUUGAGGACUCGCUGAGAUUACAUUUUGGAAUUAAAAACAAUGAAGGAUACAGAUCGUCUGAGGACUAUGAGGACAAAAACAGCGCCGGCAAAUCAACGAAGAUUGAAAAGCUUCCUAGGAUUUUAAUAUUGCAUCUUAUGCGUUUCAGCUUUGAGAAUUCUGGUUCUGGAUUUGUUAAGUUUGAUAAACCAGUUAAAUUCCCGUCGGAUUUGGAGAUCGAAAAUGAUCUUCUCGCCAGCCCCGCACAGCAUCAAAGAAUCUUGUAUGAACUGGUGGGAAGUGUCACCCACCAUGGAAGUAAAUCCUCCAUAGGGCAUUACACAGCCGACAUCAAAUACCCCGAUGGCCCAUGGAUGAGCUGCGAUGAUGAGAGGUCGCACCUGUUAGCUCGAGCGAUGUUUUCCACGAUCAGGCUUAUAUUCUUCUGUAUGAGCGAUUAUGUUGUUGUGAUUGCGCUUGUCAGGGCCAAAUAUAGCAUUAAUAGGGAGUCUCUUAGUCUAGGAAAAUGA